UUUUUAUCACGUCAGUUGUCGAUUACGUAUUUACGUUUAAAAUGAUUAAAUAAUGUAGAAAAAUAGAAAAAAUUAUAUUAGAAACAGUGUACAAAAUGAGUGAAACUACUAAAUUACGCAAGUUCAUAGUCAGCACAUUCUCACUCAAUGGCUUCACGGUUCAAGAGAGGGCAUGUGCAUACUUAGUACAACAAUUGGAACCAUUGGAGUCCAGAGAAGAUCGUGAUCAAUGGUUAGAUAAAAUUAUUGAUUAUGUACGUGUUUCGAGUACCAAUGAUGGAAACAUAGUGUCAUACGAGUUACUGAAUAAAGCUCUUAAGUUCUGCUGUAAUUUACAAAUCCUCAAUGAUGAAGACAUAUUACAUGUGACUCCUGCUUAUAAACUACCUCGCUAUAGAUACUGUCCAACAACAAAAAAGUUUCAAAGAAUAGUAUCAGAAACAUCCAUGUUUGGCGAUGCACAGUCCAAAAUCUCCCAGUAUUUUGACAGAUACACUGUCAUUAGGCAACGUAUGGCUAGAAUAAAGACUAUAGCUGAUGGUACUCUCAAUCAACCAUUGACAAUCGGUGAUAAAAUACGAGAUGUUGAUUAUCUUUUGAGUUCAGGAGCCUGUAGGAAAUUUGAUCACACUUCCAAAAGUAAUUCAAUACUACUGCUGGGUUUUUUAGUACAAUUGAAAGAAGGAGGUCGAUAUCAUUUAGAAGAUCCUACUGGAGCUAUACCUCUUGAUAUUUCUGCAACAGAUUUCCAAAGGGGUUAUUUUACUGAGAAUUGUUGUGUAUUGGCAGAAGGUAAUUAUUGUACUGAUCGCAGAGUUUUUAUUGUCACUAAUAUGGCUUUACCACCAUGUGAACGUACAGAAAUUAGCAAAAUUUAUUUUGGAGAAUCAAACAAUUUUAGUGACAACAAUGAUCUAAACUUAAAAUCAUGUAAUCCUAAAUUGUUAGAAUAUGAGAAGCGUAAAAACCGAAUGAUUAUAUUUGUAUCCGAUGUUUUUCUAGAUGAUCCAAAGGUUCUAAGAAAAUUCCAUACAUUGUUAAAUUCAUUCAAUGAUCUUGCUCCAGUAGCCAUAGUGAUGAUGGGUGAUUUCUUGUCUUGUCAUGUACCCUCACAUGCAUAUGCCCAGGAAUUGAAAACUCAUUUAACUCAACUAGCUCAUUUCUUACAUGAUAAUACACCUGGACUUUGCAAACACACUAUGUUUGUGUUAUUAUCUGGUCCUGGAGAUCGUUAUAGUGGUGCUGCAGGUGCAAGUAUCUUGCCAAGACCUUUUAUACCAGAGGUCUUAACUGAAGAAUUCCGCCGCUUGGUACCACGGUGUGUAUUUACCACAAACCCGUGUCGCAUGCAAUAUUGUACACAACAAAUACACAUUAUACGAGCUGAUGGUCUAAUGAAAAAAACUGCCAACUAUGAUAUCAGACACGGAUUAAUGGAUCGAAAGAAAUCUACAGUUCCAGAGUCUGAUGAAGAUAUUAUUAAAAAUUAUAUAAAAACUUUGGAAAGCCAGUCACAUCUAAUUACAGUCCCUUUGGACGUGUGCCCCACAUAUUGGCCUCUUGCAUCACAUUCCUUGGGUUUGUACCCAAUGCCUGAUCUAGUGUGCAUAGCAGAUGCCAAUGCUCCAGAGUACAGUACCGUAGGUCCUAAUGAUUCCAAUAGUUCUAAUUCAAAAAUAUCAUCAUCUACAGGCUGCAUAUUUUUUAACCCAUCAUCGUUUUCCAAAAAUAAGUAUAGUUUUUCAGUGUACAUAACUGCUCAGCGUCAAAUUGAGGACAGUAAUUUACCAGACGAUGAAUAUGAUGCAAAUGGUUCAUUAAUGGAUAGUGAAGAUACUGUAGCUACAGCAGGAAACCGUCGCAAAACUUAAUGAAUGUUCUGUGUAAUGUCAUAUAUUAUAGCAGUAAUUUUUAAGUGAUUUAAAAUUAUGCAGUAAUGUGAAUAUUUAGAUGUGAUAAUAAAUUAUUUAUAUUUUUGUAUUA